AUGGACAACAUGGAUGUUGAUGGUGACGGUCCUCAUUUCUUCAAGGCUGUUCAGUUUCGUACGCUCCAUACCAUGGCUUUCCUGCCAGCAACACACCACCAUUAUCGUGGUGUGGUGCUGCCACAACAGUGCAAUAUCGAGACUAUCGAGGGUCGUAAAUACGAGGCUACAUUGGAUAUGGUCAACAACUGCCCCACAUUAACGGAUGGCUGGAGAGAUUUCAUUCUUGCCGAAGACAUAACCAUAAACUACUUUUUGGUGUUCCGUCCCAGGACCAUUUUCGAUUUUGAAGUGUGGGUUAUGGAGCCCAAUGGCUGCGAGAGGCUACCACAUUACACGUUUAGUCUCCAGAUAUACCCAACUCAUGUGGAGCGUGCUCGUCUGUCAAUCCCAAUGCAAUUCUGGAGGGAUAACAUUGAAGGCAAGUAUUUGAAUUACAACUCCGCACAGUUGAAGUUUGGUGACAGGUGGUAUGACGUCGAUAUAAUACAUGGACAUGGGAAGAAACUGUUACAGAAUGGUCAUGCGCGACAAUUCAUCGAUGACAACAUUGUUGUUGGUGAUGUUUGCAAGUUCUUUCUCCUCCCACAUGAUGAAGUCAUAAAAUUCAAAGUCAAAAUGUAG